ACCCUUCUGUGUCUCUGUCUUCACACUGUCCGCCUUCUGCAAGACUGCAACUCUCUCUCUCUCUCUCUGACUCAAAAGAAGAGUCCUCAUUCACUUGUCUAUCAUAAAAGUUACAAGUUACAGCUCUCUCUCUCUCUCUCUCGCUCUCUCGUAUGGGCUCAACCCAGCCACUUCAGCCAUGAAACCGAAGACCCACCUCCCCACCACCACUACCACCACCACCAACACAGCGGCCACCGGAGCCGCCGCCCACAAUGGGAACGGCAGCGAGAGCAGCAGCUCUCCAAGCCCACCACCGUCCCCCCGGCGUCAUUCUAAUAUCUCCUACUUCCGGCGGCCGCACCGUUCCAAAUCCCGCCGGGAUACCUCCUUUGUCGGCGCUCUUCUACGGCGCAGCCUCCGUUACUUCCUUCUCCUACUCAUGCUUUACUUCUCCGGCGUCAUUAUGUGCGCCUGUCCCUUCCCUGCUAUCAUGGGUUUCUACCCGCCUCCCCCUGGCUCUGUCUACCGCAGCCCCCAGAUCUUUGAGAAGCUAUGGGGUGAUAUUCGCUCUGAUAAUUCCUCCCCAACUCAGUUUUCCUCUGUAUGGAGGUACCGUAAGAGAAGGCUAAAGGAUGAGAAGCCUUGUACAAACACUACUGCUGGGUGGCAUAUUGAUUCACGUGCUCCAAGUGGGUACUUGAUUGUUGAAGCUAAUGGUGGUCUUAACCAACAGCGCUCAUCGAUUUGCAAUGCUGUGGCUGUAGCUGUGCUUUUAAAUGCAGUGCUAGUCAUCCCACACUUUGAAUUCAACAGCAUUUGGAGAGAUCCUAGUAAAUUUGGUGAUAUUUAUGAUGAGGAGCACUUCAUAACCACCCUUGAGGGCUAUGUGAACAUAGUUCGGGAGCUACCUGAGACAGUGAUGGAGAGAUACGAUCACAACAUCAGUAAUAUACCAAACUUGCGUGUCCCAGCUUGGGCUUCUUUUGGUUAUUACUUGGAAGAAGUUUAUCCCAUCUUACACAAGCAAGGGACUAUUCGCAUAGCCCCAUUCGCUAAUAGAUUGGCAAUGUUCGUUCCACCUCAUAUUCAAUUUCUAAGAUGUCUGGCUAACUUUAAAGCGUUGAAAUUCUCAUUUCCUAUUUCAACACUUGCGAAGAAAAUAGUUAAUCGAAUGAUCCUGAACAGCUCUAAAACAGGUGGAAAGUAUGCUGCCAUACACCUCCGAUUUGAAGAGGACAUGGUGGCCUUCUCAUGUUGUGUUUACGAUGGAGGUGAGACUGAAAUUUUUGAAAUGGAUUCAGUUCGUGAAAAAGGGUGGAAGGGGAAGUUUAAACGUAAAGAUCGUGUAAUUAGACCUGGUCUUAAUAGAAUUGAUGGAAAGUGCCCUCUUACCCCAGUGGAGGUUGGGAUGAUGCUAAGGGGUAUGGGAUUUGAUAACAACACUUCAAUAUAUUUGGCGUCAGGGAGAAUAUACCAUGCAGAGAUACAUUUAGCACCUCUACGAAAGAUGUUUCCCCUUAUUUUUACCAAGGAAUCCCUCACAAGCACAUAUGAACUUGCUCAUUUUGAGGGACAUUCCUCGAGGUUGGCAGCUUUGGACUAUGCAGUUUGCUUGUUCAGUGAAGUUUUUGUGACAACUCAAGGUGGAAACUUUCCACAUUUUCUGAUGGGCCAUAGGAGAUUCCUUUAUGGUGGCCAUGCCAAGACUAUCAAGCCUAAUAAACGCAAGCUUGUUGCUUUGUUGCAGGACGUUGGUAUUAGUUGGAAAGAUUUCAAAGAUCAAAUGGCGCCAAUGCUCAUUGAAAGCGAUCGUGAGGGAAUGAUGACACCUAGAAUGAGAAAAGUUAGCAAAAAGACAUCCAUCUAUACAUACCCUUUUCCUGAAUGCAAGUGUCUGCAGGAAUCACAGAAUUCAACUCUGAAAAUGACCUAUAAUUUUCACAUGCAUGAUCAACAAAACAAAUCCUUGACAUGAAGAACAGCAUGCUCUUUCCAGCUUCAACUGUGCUGGCAUAAUUUCACGGUUUUGAGGGUAGAGGCUGUUUGCUGUAGAACCUGCCGUGCAGAAGUUCAAAGCAGUUGCAGUUGUAUAGUGAGCUGUUAGUUUUCCAAAUUUCCGGCUAGGCAUUCUUUAACUCUUCUCUGUGGAAGCUAAAUUCAUUGAUUACUUCCUCCAAAACCUUGAUCCUGAAAAUGUUGAUUGGAGAGACUAAAAAUUGUUUAUUCAACUAGGGAUUAACCAGCCUGCUCUGAUUAAAAAAAUGGGCUAGAGGUUGAUAUAAUCCAUCCGCAGUCGCUUUUGCAUCGUGAAUCAGUAGCAAUGAUAUGAUGGUAUCUGGCCUUGGAAUUUUGCUUGCUGUAUUUACAGAGAGGCAGAUAUCCCAAGUAUAGUGUUGACCUUUUAAAAAUGGGCUGCUGUGAUUUUGGAUCCUUCAGAUGGCUCAAUCAUUUGAAUGUGAAAUUUUGCUCGAACUCCAAGAUGUAAUUGUACAUUUCAAGAAUUUGGCAAAUUUCCUUUUUAUGUAGAUGUUGAUAUAUAACCUAUAUGAAGAUUUGAGUUUAGGCA